CGGUGCUCAGACUGCCGUUACUACUCCAUCCAGUUUUCUUUGGGUGGGCAGAGCGUGUCCGUGUGCGGGCACUACCCACCCCUGCACCCCCGGUAACGCCCAUGAUGUGGACUUUGAUCUGGUUACAGUUCUCAUUUUUGUGGUACUGUAAAUCCACAAUUUUGAAUAAGAUCUGGCCAAGGUUUCUGAAUAUUAGUAGUGGACCUCUCUGUGUUGCUGCCUGGAUGGAUUCCAAAAAAUCCAUGAAGUGGGCCGAUCUUUCAAUGACUCCCGGGCCACUGCGCCUAAUUCUAAAUCCUAAAUUGGACACGAGGUACCCCAGGAGUAUAUCUGUCUGAAUGCGGUUCUUUCCCUUCCCAUAGCCAAAAAACAAUUCGACUCCAGAGGGUUACACAGUUGGGCCGUAUUGUGUCACGCUCAGCUAAAUGUCUUCAAAACAAACAAGCAUACAUACAUGUUUUCAUGAGGUAAGAUUAAGCUAUCGUCGGAGGAUAACGUAUGAGCUGUCUUGCCUAAAAUGCUUGAGUAGAGGUAAGAGCAUUCAUAAAACCUGAUAUCAAAGUUGUACUUAUCGAAUAUUAUAUCUUACAAGGAUGUCAUCGCUAUAACAUCUAAGUAUUGGUGUUUGAUGAGCUAAAGUUAGCUAACUUCAUGUCUUUGUUCUCUUGUUGAGUAAACACAGCAUCAUAGAAAGUGCCUUGAACUUAUUAUUGUUUUUAUUUGUUGUACAAUUUUGUGAAGAGACCAUAAUGUUCCAACCCUUUGCUUUGAUGUAAGCGUUGAACCUACGUGUAUGCUUUUGCCCCAAUAGCUUGCUACGAUGUUUUGUAUUUUCAAUAUAACUCUAAUAUACCCUACCCACCGACGUCACAAAACCACGUGCUCGCUGUGUGGUUCCGGCCACUUGUCCGUCAUUUUGUCUCUGUAUUAGCAUUGUUUUCAAUUGAUCGAGGAAUUUAAAAUGCAUUUCAUGGAAGACCCGGUGCUUUCUGAUGCCGUAAACUCACUGGAUGUGUUGCAUAAAAGGCGUUAUGUGGAAAAUCUUCGUUCUAUACAGUCGCCAGAUCCAUAUUUGAUGCCCAAAUCGAUGUUUUUCGACCCACUGUCUUCGCCCUGUCUGCCUGACAUCUGCUACGCUGAUAUUUACAAUUAUCUUGUCCACACAAAAUCAGCCUAUUCCCACGAAAAUUUGAAAAACUUCAAGAGCUUGGAGGCUUAUAAAUACUUCGUUGCUGGUUGGGUGAAACAGGUCCUCGUCCACGAAAAUUCGGCAGGAAUCUAUCUUGUGCUUGGAAAGAUGGCGUCCCACCACCUCAGGGAAGGCAGAGAUAAGGGCUGAGAUGAGUGAUGUGCAUCCUGUUAAAUGGCCUUCUCUCAAAGUCUACUUCAAACAGAAGAUUUUGAUACCUUCACCUUUGGAGAAAUAGCAAUGGAGAAACAAAAAUUAUGAAUUUUCUUACCUGGAACUGCGUCCACGUUAGUCUGUCCUGGAUGAUCAGCAAACGGACCUGAUGACCCAGGCAUGCUGACUGGAUCAGAACGCAAGGACUGCAUCCUAAAAAUUCCCAAACAAAUUCUAAAUUGUAUAUUGAUUCCAUUAAGCAUAAAGAGUUAAGCCUCAAAUGAUCACACCCUGACCAUAUUUGUGACCUGCAAUAGCAAAAUGAGAUAAAAUGCAAACAUGAUUUGUGGGUGACAAAUUUUGGAAAUGACAUUUCCUCAUUAAACAUUCCAUAAACAAAGUUACAUGAUCAUGAAAUAAACAUCUCAUCAACAUCUUUGUUAAAAAACUUGCAUUUUUUUAAAAGCAAGAUGUCAGUUAUUUCAAAAUAUAGCGCAACAAUCCUUCAUUUCCCGAACAUUUUGGUAAACAUCCACUGGGGAAUCCCCAAUUAAUGAAGAUUGGCUUUUACCAAUUUUAAUAACUCUAGGUCCCUAUGAACUAAAAUUUCCAGGGAAUACAUUAAGGUGGGCAUAGAAUUCAUAAUGUAUUGACAGGACACGGGGUGCGGGGCUGAUUCAUAGGGGUCCUAGCUCCAUCAAAGCUGACCGAAUUGAAACACAGACAAAGAGCUUUUUCCAUUGAAAAUUCUUGUCAAUAAAUGCCAAAAUCCCUGAAUUCUUAAUAGAUAUGGACAUAUAAAAGUUUUGAUUCUUGGUCAAAAGCAACAAAGAAAACCGUGCAGGUAGCAUUUAUUUUAUGUAAAUAUUGCGAGGUAUGAGGCUAGUCAGUAAGGAAAUUAGCAGCCGCCAUAUGUAAAGAAAGAGCUUUUCCGUUGAAAAUUCUUGUGAAUAAAUGCUUUGAAUUCUUUAUAGAUAUGGACGUAAAACAGUCAUAAUUCUUGGUUGAAAGAUAAAAAAAAAAACAAAAAAAAACAACAACAAAAACUUGCAGGUAGCAUUUAUUUGACGUAAAUAUUGCGAACUACAGUAUGAGGCUAGUCAGUAAGCAAAUUAGCUGCCACUAUAUCACGGACAAAGAUCUUGUUCCGUUGAAAAUUCUUGUGAAUAAAUGCUUAAAUCCCUGUAUUCUUUACAGAUAUGGAUGUAAAACAGUCUUGAUUCUUGGUUAAAAGAAAUAAAAAAAAAUGUGCAGUUAAUAUUUAUUUUACGUAAAUAUUGCAAACUAUGAUGCUAGUCAGUAAGCAAAUUAGCGGCCGCCAUAAGUAAACAAAGAGCUUUAUCCGUUGAAAAUUCUUGUGAAUAAAUGAUUGAAUCCCUGAAUGGUAUAUAGAUAUGGAGGUAAAACCAGGGGUGAAAGUGGCUAGAAUUUCUUGCCGGAACUCCCCGACGUGAAGGUUGUCACAGAGCCAGAAAUGUAUUUUUCUUUCUUUUUUGGGGGGUGGAGGAGGGGGGAAACCUCCUAAAACUACUGAAAUGCAAAGAAAACUGUGAUUUGCAAAAUAAAAGUUAUCAAAAACAGCAAUAACCCCAACCUCCAUCUCCUAAUUUUUAGUUUCCCUCAUUUCCUCACAUACUAAAUGCCAAAUCUCAAUUUUAACUACUUAAGAACAUAGGAUGUAUCAUGUGUAUGGAUUUAUAUUAAAAUUGAAAUUAAUGUAAACAUUUACUUUUUUUUUUUUUUUUUUUAAUAAAAUUUAGGUAACAUACAGUCAGGAAAAUAAGUACAACUAACAUAUAUUAUGCAGAGUGAAAUGAAAUAUAUUUUGAAGAUCGCGCAAACAUUUUUUUAAAUCAUAAGGAAAUGAAUAAGUAGCCUAACAUAAAUGAACAAAUAUAGGUCCAAAGUGCACAUUGACAGCUAGGAUGUUCUGAUCCUCCCCAUCAGAGCAAAUAAAACUAAAUAUGAUAAAUAAGCCUCCUCAUCUCUUUCCUUGCUUUUAAAGAUUUGAUCCAUUUUAUAUUGCAUUACCCUUUUUUGUCGCAUCAAUUCAACAACUUUUUUUUUUUUUUUGCUUUCCCAGACAUUAUGUACAUUUGAACCAAUCAGAGCUAACUAUCUCUGCUGAUUACAUGUCAGUAUGUCAGCCAAUUGAACAGAUAAAUGAGUCCAGCUGUUUUGCUUUGCUGCAUGCAUUUGCAAAUUGACGUGCCCCAUCACUGUCAGACUUAGAUAACUGCAGCAGCUGGGGAAACCUCCAUGCCGUCCGUGGAAUAAAAUAAAUAAUAAAUAUUGGUGGAAACGGAUUAUGCUACACAAGCACUUUUUUAUGCUUGUUGUUAACACUUGUGUAUGUAAAUCUGAUGUAGGUAGAUUGUUUCCUUCUUGGAGGUGAAAUGCAUGUGUGGCGGCUUAGCAUUUUUUAGCGUUUUGACAGUUGCCGUCAUAUUUUCGUAAUCAAAGCACCGUGUACCGGAACAGCAUUCCGGCCCUGAAUCUUAUACCGGAACUGUGUUCCGGCCCUGAAUCUUAUAUCGGAACUGUGUUCCUGACCGUUCUGGCCCACUUUCACCCCUGGAUAAAACAGACUCGAUUCUUCGUUAAAAGCAAAAAAAAGUGUGCUGGUAGCAUUCAUUUUACAUAAAUAUUGCAAACUAUGAGGCUAGUCAGUAGCCGCCAUAUCACAGACAAAGAGGUUUUUCUGUUGAAACUUUUAGUGAAUAAAUGCUUAAAUCCCUGAAUUCUUUAUAGAUAUGGACACGAAACAGUCUCGAUUCUUGGUUAAAAGCGAAAAAAGAAAAAAAAGAAAAAGAACGUGCAGGUAGCAUUUAUUUUACGUAAAUAUUGCAAACUAUGAGGCUAGUCAGUAAGGAAAUUAGUAGCCGCCAUAUGUAAACAAAGAGUUUUUUCCGUUGAAAAUACUUGUGAAUAAAUGCUUAAAUCCCUGAAUUCUUUAUAGAUAUGGACGUAAAAUAGUCUCGAUUCUAGGUCAAAAGCAAACGUACGUAAGGCCAAUGCUGCAGCGGCUAAUUUCUCCACAUUGAUUUCUUCCACAAUGUGAAAGAAAUCAAUGACCGAAAUCAGUGACCGACUGCUAAUAAAUGAAGCGGAGUGUGGUACGGCCCCCUUUGGGAAGGCGUGACGCAGUGAAUGGCGAAUGUGUCACAUCAAUACAUUAUGAAGUCUGUGAGGUGGGUAACACUUUAUUUGACAGCGGAGUCAUACAACUAGUUAGCCCCCCAGCGAGCCCCGUGCAGCCGGGGGAAAAUUAAGGACGGAUUUGUGACUGUACGGGGGAAGCGCAGUGGUAAACGCACAACCUUAGCGCACCAGCAGCUUCACGUCAGCAAUAGGUUUGCCCCCCUCAGCGACACACCGGCUGAACCAGACACUCUCGUAAUUGGAAGCUCCAUAGUUGGAGACGUGAAGCACCCGGCGGUGUCUGUCAGGUGUUACCCAGGGGCCAGAAUCGGUGACAUCGAAGGAAACCUCAGGCUCUUAAAGCAGAGUAGGAAGAGGUUCCGCCGUAUCGUGAUUCACGCAGGCGGUAACGACGCCCGGCGGAGACAGUCUGAGGUGCUUAAAUUAAACGUAGCCUCGGUGUGUAAACUUGCUAAGUCGAUGGCGGACACCGUAGUUUUCUCUGGUCCUCUGCCUAAUUUGGUCAAUGAUGAGAUGUACUCUAGAUUCUCAUCAUUUAACCGCUGGUUGUCUAGAUGGUGCCCAGAAAACGAUAUAGUCUUUGUUGAUAACUGGCACGCGUUUUGGGGCAAGUCCGGGCUCAUGCGCCGAGACGGCAUUCAUCCGACUUGGGACGGUGCUGCUCUCUUAACUCGAAAUUUGGCCGCCAAACUAAGUCUCCCAAAGUGACACUUCAGAGUGGGGGCCCGGGCGCAGUGUUGUAGUGUAAAACACAACUCUGUUAGUAGUGACCACUCGCCUCUUUCCGAGCUGUCACAAAUCCAAAAUUCAGGACAGAAGAUAGAGACUGUGUCCGUGCCUCGUAUAGUGAACAGGGGAAAACAGAGUACUAUAGGAAUGAGACCAAAGAAUUUAAUACAUAUAGCCCCUGAUAGCAGUGAAAAUAAAAUAGCUCUUAAUAAAUAUAUAAAAUGCGGAUUAUUAAACAUCAGGUCAAUCUCGCCCAAAUCUCUGUUAGUUAAUGACUUAAUUGGGGAUUAUAAUAUUCAUAUUUUGGCCCUGACUGAAACUUGGCUUCAGCAGGAUGACUUUGUUAGACUUAAUGAAUCCACACCCCCAAGUCACGUGAAUUUUCACACAGCUAGAAGCACGGGCCGUGGAGGGGGGGUGGCAGUAAUAUCACACUCUUGUUUAGGUAUGAGCCCAAAGAGUAAAUCUAAUUACAUUUAUAACUCCUUUGAAAGCCUAGCACUAUCAAUUAUAGACGCUAACUGGAAGAACCAAAAACCAGUUCUUUUCAUAGUGGUUUACCGUCCCCCUGGUCCCUACUCACAGUUUUUGUUAGAUUUCUCUGACUUUUUAUCUAGUAUUUUGCUAAGCUGGGAUAGAAUUAUAAUUGGAGGGGAUUUUAAUAUACAUGUUGACGAUGAAGGUGACUCCCUUGGUAAGGCCUUUAAUGACCUACUAGAUGGGACUGGCUUCAUUCAAAAUGUAAAUAAACCAACUCAUAGUCACAAGCACACCCUGGACUUGAUUUUAACCUACGGUACGGAGAUUAGUGAUCUUAGUGUCCAUCCUCACAACCCCGUACUGUCUGAUCAUUUUCUAAUUACCUUUCAGUUUGUGCUUCAAGAUAAUCCGCCACUAGUGACUAGAACUCAGAUGAAAAGGACAUUAGGUGAUCGCUCUGUUUCAGAGUAUAAACAGAUAAUUCAGCCUAUAUUUGCCUCCAUGUCAUCUAAUUAUGAAGGAAUAAUGUCCGGCCUUGCUGUUAAUGACGAGUUUGUUGAUCGUGUUAUGUUUACGCUUCGUACUACCCUCGAUGUCGUCGCUCCCUCCAAAGUUUGUCAAGCCGAGACGAGCCUCUCCCUGGUAUAAUGCUGAAACACGCUCUCUUAAACAAUCGACACGUAAAUUAGAAAGACUUUGGCGCCGUUCCAACACAGAGCACACCCUCUCUGCCUGGAAACACAGCUUAGU